CACUAAACAGUUAACAACCUCUUUUCGAGCGCUCUUUCUCUCUCUCUCUCCUUAUUCCAUGACGCUACCAAAAGCUUAAUUAACCACCAUUUUUUAACCAUUGUAACAUGUCUGGUAUAAAAUCCCAAUUGUCUUAAAUUUAACGAAAUCUUCAUCUCCUGAUUGUAAAUUACCCAGAUCAGAUCUGUACUAGUUGUAUUUUCCAUAGCAGACUCUUAACAAUUGAUUUUCUGGAAUUUCAAUUUACUCCGAUCUUCCAUAUUGUGUUCCCACAACUCUUUACGCAUUUGAUCAACAAACCUAAUUUGCGAAAAAAGGGGCGAAAUGUGUGUAUGAUUUAAGUUUGAGAGAGAGAGAGAUGAUGUUUUGGAGGGAUCGUGAGAGAGACAAUAAGGACCAAAAUGGUGGGCCCCUUUGUGGACAGGUUCGAGUUCUUGUAGUUGGAGAUUCAGGUGUGGGAAAAACUUCUCUUGUACAUUUGAUUACCAAAGCUUCUUCUAUCACUCGUCCUGCUCAAACAAUUGGAUGCUCAGUUAACGUCAAGCACAUUACUUAUGGAAGUCCUAGUAGUUCCUCAAAUAGCAUUAAAGGUGACGCUGAUAGAGAUUUCUUUGUUGAGCUAUGGGAUAUCUCAGGUCAUGAUCGUUAUAGAGAUUGUCGAUCUCUUUUCUAUACUCAAAUAAAUGGUGUUAUUUUUGUUUAUGAUCUUUCACAACGCAGAACAAAAACAAGUUUGCAUAAAUGGGCAGCAGAGAUUGCAGCAACUGGGACUUUCUCUGCGCCAAUGGGAUCUGGAGGCCCUGGCGGUCUUCCUGUUCCAUAUAUUGUGGUCAGUAAUAAAGCAGAUGUUGCAGCAAAAGAAGGUAUUAGAGGAAGUAGUGGUAAUCUUGUGGACGUAGCUCGACAAUGGGUUGAAAAGCAGGGGCUUCUUCCAGCAAGCGAGGAACUGCCACUGACUGAGAGUUUUCCUGGCAAUGGAGCAUUGAGAGCUGCUGCCAAAGAAGCGAGGUUUGACAAAGAAGCUGUGACGAAGUUCUUCCGCACGUUGAUAAGGCGGAGAUAUUUUUCAGAUGAAGUAGCACCAUCAAAUCCAUGGACUGUUUCACCAAUUCAAAGAUCAUUUUCAUCAUCAAGUGAAAUAACAAGUAGCAAAGAUCAUUUCGGAAAUAAUACGAGCUUAAGCGGGGAUCCAUACAAGUUCAAUGUGCUUCCUCCCUUGCCAGCUCAACACAGUCUUACUCCUCCGCCCACACUUUACCCUCAACGGCCAGUGUUGACCCCAGAAGCCAAUAAUGUUCCUCGGUAUAACCUGGCCAGUGCUGCAGAACUCAGUUACACUAAACCGAAACGUACAGAUAUUAAUGUUUGAAGAAUACUCCGAGAGAAUUUUAUACAGUCAAAAGCUUGGUAUUCAUACUGUGAUUCUUUUAACCAAGCUUGCUUGGUGGAGGUAGUGGGAAACUCACCUUGUAACUUUGAGGUCACAAGUUCAAAUCUCACUACCUACUUGUGCUUGGGAGUAGAGAUUCCCUUCUACCCCCUACUCUCAAGCGUUGACCUGUGUAGUUGGAUUGGCUGACCUGCGAUAGGUGCUGGUCCAGUAGAGUCCUUCUUACCAAAUGGUCUCCUAUUUCCCAGUAGGGACCCCAAAAAAAUAUUGUGAUUCUUUUUUUUCCAUUUAUUUAUUGUUGUUGAUUAAUGUACUUUAUUUUCUGUAAAAGUACGUUCCAUAUGUUGUUGAACUGGCCAAUUAAUUUUGGAAGGUUUGGCCUCUUCACAA